AUGCCCACGAUUGGCAUACGGAAAGCCGUCAUCGAGAAACACUUGGGGCAUCCGAUAAACGUUGUUUCAGCUGAAGAGGAAUUUGAUGAAUUAUGUUUUGAUUACGGCUUGGAGUUAGAUGAAGUGACGAGCGAAAAAUGUGCCGUGGAAAAAGAAAAAGGUGAAAAGGCUGCUGAAGGCCUAUGUGAAGAAGAAGUUUAUAAAAUUGAGCUGCCUGCGAAUAGAUAUGAUCUGUUGUCAAUAGAAGGUUUAGCAAGAGCUUUGAAAAUCUUUCACUCACGAAUUGAACAACCUAAUUACAAGGUUCUUCCAGUUGAAAAAAGGGAGAGGAUAGUAGUACUCCCGGAAGUCGCGAGUGUAAGGCCUGUAAUUGUUGCAGCUCUCUUGCGCAAUAUAACUCUAGAUUCUGAUUCGUAUGCUUCAUUUAUUGAUCUGCAAGAUAAGCUGCAUCAAAAUAUAUGCAGAAAACGUACUUUAGUUGCUAUUGGAACUCACGACUACGACAGCAUUCAAGGGCCGUUCACGUAUGGUGCAGAAAGGCCUUCAGAGAUACGAUUUAGACCCUUAAACCAAACACAAGAAUAUACUGCUGAUGAACUCAUGAGAAUAUAUUCGGUCGACAGCCAUUUGAAGCCAUAUUUGCCUAUUAUUGCUGACAAAGAGCGUUACCCCGUGAUUAGGGACAAAAAUGGCAUUGUUUGUUCAUUACCUCCUAUAAUUAAUGGCAUGUUUUAUAUGGUUCUUUUCAGCGAACACUCUAAAAUUCGGAUGGAUACAAAAAAUAUAUUCAUUGAAUGUACUGCAACUGAUUUACAGAAGGCUAUCAUUGUUCUUGACACUAUUGUUGCACUAUUUUCGCAAUACUCCAAGCAGCAGUUUACAGUUGAACCUGUUGAUGUUCAGCAGAUUGAUGGGACUGUAGUUUCAUACCCGAAGCUGGAAUAUCGUACUGAGCAUGUAAGCGUUAAAAAUAUAAAUACUAAAAUUGGCUUAGAAUUAAAAGGGAACGAAAUGGCUAAACUUCUUUCACGAAUGUCCUUGUCUACAAAGGUUUUGGAUGAAGAUACUUUAGAGGUUACAAUUCCUCCCACUCGUCAUGAUGUUCUUCAUGAAUGUGACAUAGCAGAAGACGUUGGGAUUGCAUUUGGUUAUAAUAAUAUUCAGCAGAAGCUUCCUGAAAUACAAACUGUAGCUGAACCAUAUUGUUUAAAUAAACUUUCGGAUUUAUUACGGGAAGAGAUGGCUUUUGCUGGAUGGACAGAGACAUUAAAUUUUGCGCUGUGCAGCAGUGCCGAUAUUUCAACAAAGAUCAAGAGGGAAAAUGGACUGCUUGACGCUGUAAAAAUAUCAAAUCCGAAAACUUCUGAAUUCCAGGUUGCGCGAACAACUCUGCUUCCUGGGUUGUUAAGGACUCUUGCGUGUAACAGGGAUAUGCCCCUACCUCUUCGCCUUUUUGAGCUUCAGGAUGUUGUCAUUAAAGACUUACGUGCAGAAACAGGGGCACGUAAUGAACGACAUCUGGCUGCUGUUUAUUGUGGCAAAACUGCAGGUUUUGAAAUAAUUCAUGGCUGUUUCGAUCGUUUAAUGCAGGUGGUUGAUAUAAAGUGGUCUGCCGAUAAUUCUGGCUAUCACAUUAAGGAAUAUGAUGACCCUACCUUCUUCGAUGGCCGAUGUGCCAGAGUUGUUGGUCCAGGAGGAUUUGAGUUUGGUACUUUUGGAGUUAUACAUCCCGAAGUUCUUGCUGCAUUUGGUCUUACAUUACCAGUCUCGGCUAUUGAAAUAACUGUAGAGCAGGCAAUGUAUGCGGACACUUUGCUGAUUAUUUUUAUUGCGGUAUGUACAGCGCUGCUGGGAGAACUUUUAACUUAUGUACUUGUUUAUCGAAGUGAUCAGUAUAAGCGGCUUAAGAGUGAAAUGGAACGGAAAACUAAGAAGUUGGAGCGGAAGAAAGAGAUGACAACUGAGGCGGACAGAAUGAAGAAGAAGAAAAUCGAACGGGAAGAGGAACGUCUAAAAGCUACUAAUCGCGAUAUGAGUAUGUUUAAAAUGAAAAGCAUGUUUGCGAUUGGAUUUGCAUUUACUGCAUUAUUGUCUACAUUUUCUUCAAUUUUUGAUGGGAGGACAGUGGCCAAACUUCCAUUUACGCCAAUAUCGUUUAUCCAGGGGCUUUCCCACCGGAAUCUGGUUGGUGAAGAUUACACUGAUUGUUCGUUCAUAUUCUUAUACAUUUUAUGUACUAUGACAAUUAGACAGAACUUGCAAAAGCUACUGGGCUUUGCACCGUCACGUGCAAUGAACCGACAAGUACCACCGUCUUUCUUCAGCACUCCAUCCUCUGGAUUAUCCAACAACUUUUCGUAUUUGCGCUGA